UGUUUCACGCAUCACCCAGCAGUCGAGUUGAAUUCCCGUAAUAUCUUCCAAAUUUUUUUACAAGUUUUCAGAGGAUUGCACCCCAAACGCGCCCGUUACACAUUUUAUACAAUUUCCCACGUCUACAGGAUGCACCGCACAUCGUGCAUCGGAUCGGUCAUCCCUCCAAUCCGAUCCGUGCUGCGUAGUAAGUGAAAAAGGCCAACCGCGAGCUGUGCCUGGCGAUGCGAAAACAAAGUGCCAAGCUUGUGAUCAAGAGGAAAACUCAACGGUGAGCCACCGCUCAAAGCAAAACGUUCCAGCGAAACCCCCCCGUCUAGCAAAUCGCAGAUCCGGAACCCUUUGUGAAAGGACAAAUAUUGAGACACUGAAGAAAGAAAAGGUCUCUUCUGCAAGGUGAACACGCAGAUAACACGAAUCAACGCUGCAAAAAAAGGAAAAUUUGUCUUUGCCAACACGGACGGGUUAAUGAUGAUCAAGAUUGUAACAGUGCACUGGGCUUCCUAUGCGUAAGCUUUGUGCCAGCAAACGACACAACCCGCAUCAGGCCAGCAAAAUUUUAAUCCCACGAAUUUGCAGCUGUGUCACUGGCAAAUCACGGGUGUUGUAACAGCGACUUCCUCGAGGCGCAGUGCGGGGUGGUUCUACGAUGAGCACCUCGGCUGGCACUGUGGCCAGCUGGGUGCGGCAGCCACAGCUACUGGUGGCGGUGAUAGGGCUGACUGUCCUGAUGCCCUGCCUGGUUCCAGCGAUCGCCGAUCCAGCCGAACCGCCCGUACUUAUCGUCGUUUCUUACGAUGCAUUCCGUAACGAGUAUCUGAAACGGAACACGACGGCCUUCAUGAACGAGCUGCGGCGAAACGGUACGACCAGCGCCUACUUGCGCAACGUGUUCCCGACCAAAACCUUCCCGAACCAUCACAGUAUCGCCACCGGCGUCUAUCCGAAUGUCCACGGCGUACUGGCCAACGGGCUGUACGAUUCGCAGCGCGGCGGCCCCCUCAACUACUCGUACGAGCUGUUCCACUACAACCGGAACCUCCUGCCGAUUUGGUCCCUGAACGAGUACAGCGGGGGCCAUAGCGGCUGCAUGAUGUGGCCCGGUUCGGACUACGGUUAUGGGCCCCACAAUCUUACCUGCAGCCACACGCAACGCUUCAACUUGUCGGUGUCGUGGGAGGACCGGCUUAGCACCAUAUUUCGGUGGAUACGUGAUCCUGAGCGCCCCGCCAACCUGAUCAUGCUGUACAUCGAGGAGCCGGACUACUACGGGCACGUGUACGGGCCCGAAUCGGAUCGGAUUGCCGCCCUUGUGGUGCAGCUGAAUGAGCUAACCCGCCAGCUGCACGCGCAGAUUGCGGCUCAGCGUCUGCGAUCGCGCGUCAACGUCGUUCACUUGAGCGACCACGGUAUGGACGCGGUGACGCCACGGAACUUCAUCAACCUGACCGGGUUCGUGCCGGGCGAGCUGCGCUACGAUGUGUACGGUACGACGCCGGUCUUGCAGAUCGUGCCGAAAGUGAAGCAGCAGACCGCGGAUCUCUACCGGGUGCUGAAAAAUGCGGCCGACCGGGACGGCCGGUUUGAGGUGUAUACUCUGGAAAACCUGCCCGCCCGCUGGCACUACAACAACUCUCAGCGCACCGGUCCCAUUACGGCCGUAGCCCGGCUUGGUUACGGUUUCGACGAUAUGUGGCGCACGGUGGACUACUAUCAGCGUCAGUUCGGUGUCGUAGUGACGCCAGAUACGCCCUAUGGUGUGCACGGCUAUGACAAUGCGCUACCAAUCAUGAACCCGAUCUUCUUCGCGUACGGUCCCCGCAUCCGCAGGCAGCUGGUGGUCGAACCGUUCGAUACGGUCGAUCUUUACUACCUAUUCAGCGGAAUUCUCGACCUUACGCCACCUCCCUACCUGGCUGGCAAUUUAAACCAUGUGCAGCACAUUUUGCGAAACGGCUCACACGAUAACGACGAUGAUGAUGACGACGACGACAAUGGUGGCGACGAUAGCGGUGGUGACGAUCCGUGGAGCGGCUCGCGGGCAAAAACAUUGGCAGUCAUCUUUACCGGCAGCUUGGUGGGCUCUUUCGCGCUCGUAAGCCUGCUGGCACUCGGCGUGCUCUAUCAACGUCGGCGGCGUCGCGAGAACCUGGUGCCUCCUUACUUGUACGAGGAAACGGAAACCUUCAUCGAUGAGGGGAACAAACUGCUGCACACCAGCACCACCAACUCCUCUAUCAACGGCGAUGUCGUGUCGGUGGAUGUUUGAACGUCCAUUAGCAAUUACCUAACCCCUAGUCCCUCUCCCUGAAUCUAGCCUUGUCCUUGAAUUCCCUUAUCUUCACCGUGCUCGGGUUUUCCCGGGUGUUGAUGUUUGAUGUUGUACAUAUAACGCAGUCGGCCACAGGUUGUGCUAAUACUGCGAAUAGAAUGGAGCAUUAAGUACCGGCAAAAGUGAUACACGAGUGACGUGAUAGAAGCGGCCAAGACAACUGUGAAGUGUAAUGUGUGAAUUGCGAGAAAAAAAAAGUUGUACCUUCUACAACGUCAGUAUCAGGCGAAAGCAAAGAAAUUGGACAGCUAGUCUGCAUUCAGUUUUUACUCGAUGCGAUCCAGCGUUGCACAUUGCGUUUUUUGGUGAAGGUAGUUUUUUGGGUUUUUUUUUUCUAGAUCCUGCACGGAGACUAGCCCCGAUGCGCACGAUACAAUAAGGCAGUAAAUAGUAUUUCAGUUGUGUUAGAAAUGCCCUCCACCUAUCAUCACACAGCCGCGCAAGCAGCCUUAGUAAAUUGUACAUUAACGGAUUCACACAAUCUUUGGUUCGUCAACAGGCAACGAAACUGUUCAAUGGUGGCCGAUGAGUUUCGGUGGUGCGAGGCCGUGGGAGAAAAGAUACAAACCAACCAAUCAAUUCAUUGUAGCACUUUCCUAACGACAUGUUCUUCCUAUUCCGUGCUGUUUCGUGUGGUAAAGAAAGAUAAACAAAGAGAAGGAAAUAGUGAGUAGGAAGGUAAAAGUAAACGAAACGUAUAGGGGAGUGUCCCAAACUGUUCUUAAGUAUAAUGUAAGCUAUCUCUAUUGUGAUAUUUUUCUAUGAAGAUGCCCUGUGGGGCAUUUAGUGAGAAGCAGUCCGAGCCAGCGGGCUUUAACCUCCUGGCAGCAGACGGGCUGGCUGGUCAGCCAAACAACCAGUGGCCAUAUGCUGCUUGUGCGACCGCGCAGAUUACGUCUAUAUAUUGUUUUUACAAGCAAGCAAAACAAAACACAUCCACACAAAACAUGCCGAAGUCAAUCGAGAUAAGCUUUCCGUCAGGCACGCGCAAGGGAACGAUGGCGAAUGGCGUCCAACAUAAUACUUCCGACCGAAACCGGCAAAGAUGAACUGGACUAGUCGCCGUUUUUUUUUGUUUUUACCGGGAUAGAAACGAAUUCCGCGCAGUUUCCGAGCAAAACGGAACUAGAUAAAGCGACGCCUUUGCUGGCUGUAACACCCAGAACUUCGGCUCUGCGCUGCGCUUCGAUUCACCCCAACGGCCAAAGCCAUAAUUCUAGUUCAUAGUAGCGGUUUGUGCGAAGAGAUUUUUCAAUCACGUUCGUUCAUGCUUGCGUCGACCAACAUAGGCAAAACGCAAACGAUAAAACCAUUGUAAAGCCCGAGUAGGGCAGGCCUACAUAUCCAGGAUGUGUCGUGUGGUGGUAGGGAACUCGUCGAAGUCGAUGAUAGCCACGAGUUAGUUUAUUCUUCACUCCCUACUUUUACUACUCUGGUGCGACAGUUUUAAAAGAGAUUAAAGUUUUAGGAAAAAAACGCCCAA